GGAGCAACAACCACAACAAUUUACUGCCAAAACCACAAACUUCGAAACGGGAGGAAGGAGCAGGUCGAAGCUGCAGGUUAGGUCAAAAUCACAUCUACUCGUAAUUGUUGCUGGACAAAAUGGUAGGCUUCAGUCAGCACCAGAUGAUGUUACCUGGCAUGAGACCAAGACCUGAAAAAAUUCUGGUAGACAAGAAAGAUGCCAAAGAGAACAUCAAAUCGGAAAGCAAUGCCACAUUCAUCUUUAUAAAAGGCUGUGAAAAUUAUGAAUUGAACAUUGAAGGAAAAGCUGCCAAAGUAAUGUGUGAAAAUUGUGCAAAUUUGACUGUUUCAUUGGAUAAGCCAUUGGUUAGCGGAACAAUGGAACUCCUCAGAAGUCAUGAUGUUUUCAUAAAGCUUUUGGAUUCCUGUGAGGUACCAAUAUUCCAAAUUGACGAAUCCAAUAAUGUUUGGAUUGAGAUUACAGACAAGUCACAAUUGAAGAGUCUUUACUUCCAAAGGUCAAAUGGAAUCAAAGUCUUGUUGUCAGGGUCACAUGGGCAAGAAUUUGAUAUUGAUACAACACUGACUAGAGAACUAAUUAACACAGAUGAUAUCCCGCAAUGGAUUGCCCACUGGAAUGAAGGCAGCACACAAAUGGUGACAGAAAAUGUAAACAGAAUGGGAAUCUAUCCUAUGGCAGAGCAGAGAGAAGCAAAAGACACACAAAUACCUGUCUUGAUCCAGGCUCUAUAUUUUGGUUCUGCUCGGGGUUCUGCUGUCUCUUGUUCGAAGCAGAUGGCAGACAAAGACAAUUAUGGCAUUUCUGAAGAAGCAGAAAAGAAAGAAUAUUUCGAAAGUCCUGAAUCAUUGUCCAAAAAGCUUGAUCAUCUAGCAGAAUUGCUAAAAGACAGCAGCCAUGCCAUUGUCUUUACUGGUGCAGGCCUCAGCACAAGCACUGGUAUACCGGAUUUUCGCAGCGGUAUGAAUACAGUGCUACCCACUGGUCCUGGUGUUUGGGAGCUCAGGGAUAAAGGAGUGAAAAGAGGGACUAGAAAAGAGAAAACAAAAUCGGUGCUAAAAGCCAUGCCAUCUUCUAGUCACAUGGCGAUUGUGCAGCUGCAUCAAAGUGGAAUGAUGAAAAUGCUGGUGAGUCAAAAUACCGACGGUUUGCACCUAAGGAGUGGCAUGAAUCCUAGUGAAAUAGCAGAGCUCCAUGGAAACACAAAUCUCGAGACAUGCUGCAAAUGUGGUGCGCUGUAUCUGCGGGAUUUUCGCGUGAGAACUGCGCAGAAAGUUCACGAUCACUUCACUGGUAGGUUUUGUGAUGAACCAGGCUGCCGCGGCAGACUGAAGGAUUCAAUAAUAAAUUUUGGGGAGGAUUUACCGGAAAAGGAGUUGUCAAAGGCAUACUUGCACGCAGAAAAAGCUGAUUUGUGUAUCGUCUUAGGCACUAGUUUGCGUGUCUCUCCUGCAAAUGAAAUACCUCGCAACGUCGCACGACAUGGAAAACUAGUUAUUUGCAACCUGCAAAAAACACCCUUAGACUCCAAAGCCACCCUCCUAAUCCAUGCAUUUUGCGAUGACGUCAUGAUUGGGCUGAUGCAGCGUCUUGAAUUACCGAUUCCGAAGUGGGAGCUGGUUAGGCGCGCAAAAUUUACUGUAACAGUCAGCGAAAGACCACGUGAUGAAAAGAAGAUUAAAGUAUUGAUCUCCGGCUUACAUCCCCAAAAAGAAACACCCUUCUCAAUAUUCAAAAAGGUUGUUUUCAAAAUUGAGGCUGGUGAAGAUAGUGUGACAAAAGAGGUUGGUAAGGAACCAUUCGCCAUCAUUAAGGCUGUUAAGCCAAUGCCACAAUCGACAAACCUUGCAAAAAUUUCUUGUGAGUUGAUCUUCCACGGGCAUUAUGAAGAGCCCUCCAUAACCUUGAAGGAAAAUGUGGCUGCUGCUUCUUUCGAAAAAGAAUUCUUGUUUUAUUUUGAUCCGACUGAACGUAGCUGGCGCACAGUUUCAAAAAAAUUCUAAGCGAAUUUCAAGUUAUAGGAACUCCAUAAACAUACGUGAGCAUGAAGUGAGUAUUCAUUGUCAUCAAGGGCUACCUAAUUGUAGUUUUUUGAUCAAUAAUUUUGGUUUACACGAUUUUUUUGUAUUGUUUUAGAAGUAAAGCCGAAAACAAUCACAGUCCAUUUACUUUCUAUGGCUGACCCGUUCCUAAAAAUGUUUACAGCACCUGUUUCGCACGGUUCUAGCCUCGCAUCCCCAUCCCAAAUAAUUUUAAAAUUUAUUCUCCAACACCGAAUCCAAGAUAAAUAAAUUGAAAGUAUUUUUGGAAUGUAUUUUCUCAAGAGAAAGAGGAUGCAUGAUAAACGAAGUUUCUUUAUUGUCAUUACCAGAGAUCUUCAGGAGCUCCUAGAGCAUCCACGUUAAUUGUGUUACUCGUUUUGUUGCGAACCUUUUGUUUGACGUGUUAGACUUUGGACAGAAAAUUAUCCAGCUUUUGAUUUUAUUAUUUAUAAGAUACAAGCUGGUUACAUAUUACGUUGCUACUGCACUCAAAAUCUACGCCAUCUCCUCCUUCCUCCUCUUACCAACAACUUUCGACGACACGUGUUCAUUUUCCUAGGGACCUGGGGCGAGGUCUCUAACACGUUUGAAACUUGAUCAGAAAUGAAGACUUGGCUGUUCAUUACUAUUAAAACAUUACUAUGUCAAAUACGAAUGCAGUCACUCAUCACUAUGCACUUUCCCUUUCGAUAUUGCCUAGUGUAUAAAAGGUCCACUAAUUAGAAUAUCUUGUGAUCGCACGAGAUCAGCAAUAUAAAUCAAUCGCAUCCCGAAUAAGUCUCACCUGGCUCUCGAUGAUCUAGCUCUCGGUCAUCUGACUCUCGGUGAUAUCUUACCACGAAAUAAUGAUGUAUUUUAGAAAUAUUUAUUUGCCUCCUUUAAUGGUAUCUGGCAGUUUGAGUAUGAAUAGUUAAUAGUUUAUAACCUGUAAAAUUACUUCUUAGUUUCAUUGUGUCUGUUUUCGAAUUGAAGUUUAUGUCUAAAUUAUGUUUUGAGGAUUUAUGUCUAAAUUCGCUAGCCAAAUGCAUACAUUAAUUAUAUAGAAAAGGUGCAAUUAUCUAUUCAUUUGAUAUAACUUUAGCAAAGAUGUACAUAUAGAGGACCCAUUUCAUUUAACUGUCUUGUGUUAUUAUAGGGGUAUUAUCAGUCGAUAAAUUAUUGUUUCUAUAAAUUUUCUGUAUUUUGCUCUUACCUUGUUAAAGCUGGACUUUUCUGGUAAUUGUAAAUUAAGCUGUUAAUAAAUGCAAAAUUGCAAAUUAUGGCAUAAUUUUUAAAAACAUCCUAAAAAGAUGCUUUUCCUAUAGUAGUGAAUGCUUUCACCACUGUUUCAACGUAAAAUGAAGAUGUGUAUCAAAAGUUGAAUUACUGUAGUUGAUUUCUGAAGAUAAUUCUGAAUAAGACCAUGUAAUUUUCAAUAAUUUCUUGGAUUGGGUUGUUUCAGUUUUUAUGAAACCCGAAGAGAUAGAUCUUUUUGACGAUACCUAGGUAUAAACAUCGGUAUAGUUUAUUUUUCUCUCUCUUAUCGGAAAUCAUAAAAAGGUAAGGAAAACAGACAUUAUCAGACAAACAUAGCCAAUUAAAAAAUAGAUACGAACCAGGUUGAUACGAAUGCCUUUUGAUUACGCCAAUGUUAUCAAUCAUGUAAUGUAUACUUAAAGUAAGGAUCUUGCAUAAAUUUACUAUGUUGAGGUUUAUCAUUGAACCAAUAAGUGCAAUCAGAGGCGGCGCCAGCUACUGCAGAUUGGGAUGGUAAUGAGUGUUGCCCGUGAGACCACGCUCUAUUUGCCACGUUUCAGUGCUUUGUAUCAGGUCAAAUUUCCUUAGGCAAUAUGAUCUACCCCUGCCUAGUGCUUUUCAAUCCGUUUUUAGACGAAUUAUUUAGACCAUGUUUCAACAAAAGUGGGGUGAGGGGGGGGUAAUUACCCCAACCCCCAUACCACCCCUUGGCACCGCCACUGAGUGCAAUCGAACUUCCAUCCUUGAAUCACAUAAAACAUCCUCUUUGUGGUAAGGGUGUAUUCAAAUGCCUAAUUGGACUUUCAUAAAAAAUAUUAGAUGCAAAGACAGGAUCACAAAAAACACUCGAAAACAAGUCACAUGUUGUGCUGCUUUCGGACAAAACAAGACUCUCCGACAAACAAGACUCAAUUUUUAAGGUGUACCGAUUUGAAAGAACUUUGAUUCUUAUUUUCAAUUAAUUUUCUGUGGCAAAAAAUACCUUUAACUCUUGUUGUUGGUUGCAGGUUUAUAGCAGCUGGUAUAAGCUGACCCAGUGAACCAAUGAACCAGACCAUCAUAUUACCGUACCUUCCAGACCACCUCCCUUUUAGCAUUGCCAAAAUAAGCCUAUUGAAACAUUUCAAUCGAGCCACAUCUGUUACGAUAUAGGACACCUGUCUUCUGGGAAAAA